GCCUUGCUCGCUGGCGCGGGGGGGAUGCGCGCGGAGGAAACAGCCGGCGACCCGGGUCUGGAGGGACCGCGGGACGGGAGGGCCUGGGCGGCCCAAUCAGGCGCCCUGACCACCGAGAACUUCCUGAGACUCACUGUGCCCCUAGAGCUGGGGCGUCGUCCUACUAAAUGCAGAGCAGGGAAGGAGACGCCGCCUGUGCGCACAGCCGAGGCUGGGAGAGAUCACAGGCCCAGACCAGUAAACAGAGGGCACCGGUUGUGAGCUCCUGAGUCAGAACCGACGACGCCGUGUGCCUUGCACGGACCUCACUGGCCCGUGAUCCGAUUGCAUCCUGUCCUGUGAUCUGCAAGAUCACCGAGGUGGCUGGGCCUCGGGCUCUGGAGGCAGCGAGCUCUGUGCGCCACCGUGUGCACCAGCUGGAGUUUAGCCGAAUGGAUAGCUCUGGAAACAGGAGUGGAGUUGGGCACGGUGUCGCCGCGGGCGUGGAGGGCGGGGUGGACUGCUAGCGUAGACGCUUGUGGACAGAACGGGCAAGCGGAGACCUUGUGGCUCUCCAGCUCUCAGCCACCUAGCUUCUUGGAGGAUGAGUUCUCACCACGGGAUGAUGGAUGCCUUUUGCCAUCGACAGGGGUGUAGUUUCAGUGAUUCUCACUGAACCAGACUCAGCUAUUCUCACCCUCCCUCAUGACUACUCCACACCACCCCACCCAACCCCACUCCCGCCGCCAAGAUUGUGGGAAAGAAUAGUAAAAAGAAGGAAUGGACAAUCAGACUGUUUUGGCUGUCCAGUCAUUGUUGGAUGGCCAAGGAGCAGUCCCUGAUCCAACAGGACAGAGUGCGCCGCCUGCCAUCCAGCCACUGGAUGAUGAGGAUGUCUUCCUGUGCGGGAAGUGUAAGAAGCAGUUCAACUCACUGCCAGCCUUUAUGACCCACAAGCGUGAACAGUGCCAGGGGAAUGCCCCGGCCCUGGCCACUGUCUCGCUGGCUACCAACAGCAUCUAUACACCUUCAGCAGCACCUGCUACCGUCCAGCAGACCCCGCCUCCUGCCAACCGCCAGAUCUCCACAUACAUCACAGUGCCCCCGUCCCCACUGAUCCAGACGCUGGUGCAGGGAAACAUCUUGGUGAGCGAUGACGUGCUCAUGUCUGCCAUGUCAGCCUUUACAUCCCUGGACCAGCCUAUGCCUCAAGGGCCCCCACCUGUGCAGAGCAGCCUGAACAUGCAUCCAGUGCCCAACUACCUCACCCAGCCUCCACCGCCUCCUCCACCGCCUCCACCCUUACCUCCACCUCCCCAGCCUCCACCUCCGCCGCCCCAGACCCUGGGCCCUUCCGGGCGUCCCAACCCUGUUGGGAAUAGUGUGGUGGAGGUGUACAGCGCUGCUGCACCCAUGGCAGCGAAUGGAACAGUGGAGAUCCAGGCCCUGGGGAUGCAGCCCUACCCACCCCUGGAGGUGCCAAACCAGUGUGUGGAGGCUCCGGUGUACCCCACGGCCCCAGUGUACAGCCCUGGCAAGCAGGAAUUCAAAACAAAAGGACCCAGCUCCACUGCCCCCAUGACCAGUGCCUCUGGGAGCACAGUGGCCACCUUCGACUCCCCACCACCGCUGAAGACCAGACGUGCUAAAGGUGCCAGCGGACUCCCAGAAGGGAAGCCCAAGGCCCAGAAACUCAAAUGUUCCUACUGUGACAAGUCAUUUACCAAAAACUUUGAUCUUCAGCAACACAUCCGAAGCCACACAGGGGAAAAGCCUUUCCAGUGCAUUGCAUGUGGCCGUGCCUUCGCCCAGAAGUCCAAUGUCAAGAAGCACAUGCAGACUCAUAAGGUGUGGCCUCCAGGGCGCAGUGGUGGCACCAUUUCUCGAAACUCUGUCACAGUGCAGGUCAUGGCUCUGAACCCCAGCAGGCAAGAGGAGGAGGACACAGGAUUGGGCCAAACACUGUCCAGCGCCACACAGCCCCAGGCCUUGCCCACGGCAGGUGAGGAUGGAGGUGGCAAGCCAGAGGCCAAGCAGGUGGUCCUCAUUGACAGCUCCUACCUGUGUCAGUUCUGCCCCAGCAAGUUCAGCACCUACUUCCAGCUCAAGUCCCACAUGAUCCAGCACAAGAAGGAACAGGUGUACAAGUGCGUGGUCAGAAGCUGUGCCCAGAUGUUCCCCAAGCUGGACACCUUUCUGGAGCACAUCAGGAGCCACCAGGAGGAACUGAGCUACCGCUGCCAUCUCUGUAGCAAAGACUUCCCCUCGCUGUACGACCUGGGUGUGCACCAGUACUCCCACAGUCUCCUGCCGCAGCACAGCCCCAAGAAGGACAGCACCGUCUACAAGUGUGUCAAGUGUGUCAAUAAAUACUCCACUCCCGAGGCCUUGGAACACCACGUACAGACAGCCACUCACAGCUUCCCCUGUCCACACUGUCAGAAGGUCUUCCCCUGUGAGCGCUACCUACGGCGUCACUUACCCACCCAUGGUAGUGGUGGCCGGUUCAGGUGCCAGAUCUGUAAGAAGUUCUUCCGGAAGGAGCACUACCUCAAGCUGCACGCCCACAUCCACUCAGGUGAGAAGCCCUACAAAUGUUCAGUGUGUGAGUCUGCAUUCAACCGCAAGGACAAGCUGAAGAGACAUAUGCUGAUCCACGAACCCUUCAAGAAGUACAAAUGUCCCUUCUCGAUGCACACAGGCUGCAGCAAGGAGUUCAACCGUCAGGACAAGCUGAAAGCCCACAUUCUCUCCCACGCUGGCCUGAAGCUCCACAAGUGUGGGCUGUGCAGCAAGUCCUUUAGCCGCCGAGCCCACCUGGCCGAGCACCAGCGCGCGCACACAGGCAACUACAAGUUCCGCUGCGCGGGCUGUGCCAAGGGCUUCUCACGACACAAAUACCUCAAGGAUCACCGCUGCCGCCUGGGCCCCACGAAGGACAAGGACUUGCAAGCCCGGCGGCCUUCCCGGAGGAGAGCAUCCCCACGUGGUGGCGGCAGCAUCGUUGGAGUGCACAAGGAGGAGAGCCCGGUGCCCGACCCCCUGGGGCUGGAGGAGCUGAAGACUGCAGGGCCUGCACCCGAGGCUGCUCCUGGCAAGCCACCCUUCGAGCAGGACGCUGUGCUGUCCAUCGUAGUGGGUGGGGACCCGGAGCUGGUGGUGCCCGGGCACACGGAGGGUCUGGGCUCCAACCUGGCACUGGCCGAGCUACAGGCCGGGGCUGAGGGAGCGUGUACCAUGCUUGCUGUCCCGGUCUACAUCCAGGCCUCAGAAUGAUCAGGCUGGAUUUUCCGGGGGAGCCACUGGCACAAGCCCUUUUGGAAGUUACUGCAUCAGCAUUAUCCCAUGGCUGUCCUCCUAUGCCCUGUGAUCAGCUAGGGAGCCCUGCAGCACUCACAGGGGCAGGGGCAGGCACCAUAGCUCCAGGGCAUAGCAGUGGUACGAGAGAUGGCCAGAACAUGAGGUUCCCAGGGGCUGGCUGAUGGAGGCUUGUACUUGGGCCUCCUCCAAGAGAAGGCCGGGUGGUGCUACCUACCCAUCCAGGCUUACCUGGGUGACCUCAGACCGGGCUGCUCUUUAUGCUGGCUGGGUGUGGUCGAGUCCUAGUGUGUUGAACCAUUACCAGAACACUUCCUGAUGGCGUCCUCAGAGGACUGUGAGGUAAGUAUGUAGGAGGCACUCAGCCUGGGGCAUAGAGUGUAGCUACCAGCCAGACCUGGCUGCAGAUGUUACCAGUGUGACCUCAAGCAAGGCACUCCCCUCUCUCUGCUCCAUGCUCCUCUCCUGUACAACAGGACUUAUAUAGUACUACCUCUUAGAGUGUCCUGAGGACAAAGUGCGUUGAAAUUGGCAAAGGGCCUUGCACAGUACCCAUGGCUUGGAAAGGGCUCAAUAAAUGUUUUUAUCAUUGA